GCUCUCCUCGAAUCACUGACGGAUUAUAAAGAGACAAUAAAAGUGUGAAAUAUUUUCUUCAUCUGAACUCAACACGGUGACGUCACAGAGGAAGAGGAGCGGGUGAUGAAGAGGCCGCUCCUCGUCUCCCUCUCUCGGAUGUUAUUUAAGUUGAAGUGGACGAAUUAGUGUUUAAAAAAAAGAAGAGAAACGUUAAAAAAAAAGCCCCAAAUGCCUGGAAGUGAAGAAGUGACGCGUUGAAGAGCGCGAUGAAGAGGAGGAGGCAGAAGGUGUUGUGACGGCGCGGAGGGGAUAUGGAGCCUCCGGCACUCUCCCGCGGAAGAGACGCGUAUCUGGGCGGCGGCGCGCGGCCGGUCUGCGGCGCGUGACGCGGGAUGGAGCUGUGGAACGACUCCACCCCGCGCGGCGGCAACUCCACCUCCGGGGAGCCGGGGGGCGGCGCGGCGGGGGGGCCGCACCUGGCGCUGCGCUCCGGGCUGGCCGUGACCUUGACCCUCAUCACUCUGGCCACCGCGCUGUCCAACGCCUUCGUCAUCGCCACCACCUACCAGUCCCGGAAGCUGCACACGCCGGCCAACUUCCUGAUCGCGUCGCUGGCCGUCACCGACCUGCUGGUGUCCAUCCUGGUGAUGCCCGUGAGCGCGCUCUACACCGUCAGCCAGACCUGGACCCUGGGCCAGGUGGUGUGCGACAUCUGGCUGUCCUCGGACAUCACCUGCUGCACCGCCUCCAUCCUCCACCUGUGCGUCAUCGCGCUGGACCGCUACUGGGCCAUCACGGACGCGCUGGAGUACAGCAAGCGGCGCACGGUGGGGCGCGCGGCCGGCAUGAUCGCCACCGCCUGGGUCAUCGCCAUCUCCAUCUCGCUGCCGCCGUUCUUCUGGCGCCAGGUGAGGGCGGAGGAGGUGACGAGCUGCAACGUGAACACGGACCACGUGUUCUACACUGUGUACUCCACCUUCGGCGCCUUCUACAUCCCCACGCUGCUGCUGCUCGCGCUCUACGGCCGCAUCUACGUGGAGGCGCGCAAGCGCAUCCUGAAGCAGUUGCGCAACAAGCCGGGCAAGCGGCUGACCUCCGCGCGCCUCCUCACCGACUCGCCGGGCUCCGUGGCGUCCAGCGCGUCGCUGAACUACGGCACCGCCGCCGCGGAGGACGGCGGCGCGUACGCGUGCGCCGCCGCGCAGCAGCAGGUGAAGGUGACGGUGUCCGACGCGCUGCUGGAGAAGAAGCGCAUCUCCGCGGCGCGGGAGCGGAAGGCCACCAGGACGCUGGGCAUCAUCCUGGGCGCCUACAUCGUGUGCUGGCUGCCGUUCUUCGUGUACACGCUGCUGCUGCCGGCCUGCGCCGCGUGCUUCAGCGCGGCGCUGUUCGACAUGUUCACGUGGCUGGGCUACCUCAACUCCCUCAUCAACCCCAUCAUCUACACCAUGGCCAACGAGGACUUCAAGCGGGCCUUCCACAAGCUGCUCCGCUUCCGGUGCUGCAGGGCAUGAGCCCCCCUGAGGACCACAUCCCCAACAGGUGGUGAUGGUUAUAUUGGAAUAUACAGAAAAGAAACGUCUCAGAGGAGGACUGAGCGUGGACCUAUCAGUCUGGCACCCCCCCCCCCCCCCUGAGGACUCACUUUGCCAUAGAGUUUGACAGUCUGCCGUCUUUAAGCACAAACAGCUUAUGAAUUAUUAUAAGCUGCCACUCAUCACCUGAUACUGGUGCCUGGUUUCAGUCUGAGACUCAAAGAACACACCGUGUGUGUGUGUGUGUGUGUGUGUGUGUGUGUGAGUCUUCUCUGCCCACACACACACUCAUGUCUUUGUGACUGAUCUGAGCUCCAUCCUCACCGACCACACGGUCACUGGACCGAGGAAAGAGGACUUUGUAUUAAUGCUGGACCAUGUGACUCUGCUCUAAGCCCCGCCCCCCCCCCCCCACACACACACACAUGCUGAAUGUCAUGAAGCUUUAGCUGCUCUGAUCCUCUCGGUUGAGAAGUUUCAGAAGAAGAAGAUGGAGAUCCCACGAGGACACGCGGCUUAAGUGUUUAUGUGUUUAUGUACUUAUGUACGUCGACAACAGGAAGACACUAUUCGUCCGUUUCUUAGCAUUAAAAUAAAAAUAUUUGAUUGAUUUUAGGCCCCAACAAACUAAAUGACACAUCAGGGACUCGUCAGAAGUGAAGAAGUCAUAAAUACGAUUAUAUAUCAUUCAAAAGGUAAAAACAGAUUUACAGAAUAUAUUUGAACGAUAAGUUACAGCGUUUAUUUUCCGUCAGAAGUGAUUUUAGUUUUGGGGGACAGGUCGAGGCUGUGAGGAUGGAUAUCAGCCUGAUGCUGAGUCAUCACCAUGACCUCAUUGUUUACACACGGCGCCUACAGUACCCACAAUGCAGCUCCACCGCGGCUCAUGCUGCGUUCACCCCAAAAGCCCAUCGCGAAUAUUCUGAACGCUUUACUCGGGUGAGUAUUUGUGUUUUUUCCCCGCUUCAUUCGUGCCUUAAUGGGGGCGGGGCUUAUCUCCAUGGAAACAGUCACCUUCAUCUGCCAUGAAGAGCCACUAGUUCUGCUUCUUACUUCUUGACGUCCCACAAACGUCGGAACGUCUGACGCUUCGUCCACGUCGGGAAAAUUUUUCCGUUGAAGUAGAAAUAUUUAAAUUUGAGGCAAAUUUUUGCCGGCGUGCAAUUCUCCUUGUUCGCCGCCCGCCGAAUAUUUGCGUCAAUCACAACAUCAACGUCGCUCACGGGAUCUACUGCGCGGAAAAUCGUCAGCACCUUCCACGCGUGAGUUCACUCGCGUGACUGUUUGUGGCUUUUCGCUUCAUUCGUGUCAUUCGCGCCGUGUAGGGGGCGGGGCUUAUAGUGGGCGGGGUUUAUCUCAGUGUCUUUACUCUGUGGAAACAGUUAUCAUCUCCUUCAUCCACCGUGAAGAGCCUCGAGUUCUGCUUCAUACGUGUUGAGCUCGUCACACACGUGAACAUGAUGCCUCGUGCACGUCGGGCACAUUUUUCGCCUAAAUUUAAAUAUUGUUAGCCUAAAUUUAAAUAUUUUUCGCGUCCGCUCGUUGACUUCGUUCAUCGGAUCGACUCGCGCAAAAGUUCUCACGGCGUUUGGUGUGAACGCAGCAUCAGAUAUGCCAGGCUAGCCGUUUCCCCCUGUUUGCAGUCUUUAUGCUAAGCUAAGCUAACGGUGACUCCCAGCAGACAUGAGAGCGCCUCAAAGGAUUUGAUCCCAAUAACAACCAAACUGACUUUGAACCCGAGCUGGUGGAAGUACCGAGGACACGAAAGAAAAGUCACUUCCCCUCACCGCGUCAAAGAUGGCCGCCUUCUGUUUCCUCCCAGCCGCCAUGUUGGAAACGCGAGAGGGAAGAACGCCUCUUUGUGUACAGUGAUGGAAUGCUUCAGAGACGCACCGCCUUCCUAGAGGAGGAGGAGGAGGAGGACGUCCUUCUGCUCUGCUCCUGGA